CCAAUGUACUUCUUCCUCAGUAAUUUGUCAUUUUUGGACAUUUUAUACACUACGUCAGUUACCCCAAAGCUGUUAGCCUGUCUCCUAGAGAAGAAGACCAUAUCUUUGGCUGGCUGCAUCGCUCAAACAUACUUCUUUUUUUUCCUGGGGACAGUAGAGUUUAUCCUCUUGGCAGUGAUGUCCUUUGACCGCUACGUGGCCAUCUGUAACCCCCUGCGCUACACCAUAGUCAUGAACAGCAGGGUCUGUCUCCUGCUGGUUCUGGGCUGCUGGGUGGGGGCCUUCCUGUCAGUGCUCUGCCCAAGUAUUGUAGUAUCUAGAUUGCCUUUCUGUUAUAAGGAAAUUAGUCACUUCUUCUGUGACAUCGCUCCUCUGCUACAGGUAGCCUGCAUAGACACUCAUUUCAUUGAGAUGAUAAACUUCCUCUUAUCUUCCUUUAUCCUCCUGACCUCACUGGUGCUCACCACCGUGUCCUAUACCUACAUCGUUUCUACCAUUUUGAGCAUCCCCUCAGCCCAAGGACGUCAGAAGACCUUUUCCACCUGUGCUUCUCACAUCACUGUUGUCUCCAUUGCCUAUGGGAGUAAUAUCUUCAUGUAUGUGAGGCCCAGUCAGAGUCAUUCCCUAGAUUUUGACAAAGUGACAGCUGUCCUCACCACAAUGGUGACCCCCCUUCUUAACCCCUUUAUUUAUAGUCUAAGGAAUGAACAGGUAAAGAAAGUUUUAAGAGAAGCAGUCAAUAAAAUUAUGUCCUUAUUGCACAGGAGAACUUGA